CAAGUUGCGCGCGCGCCGCCCCCCAAGUCGAACUGUUUGCUCGUAAAAAGCCACGCGGAAACUGUCUUGGACUGAAAGGAGAACCUCCGGCAGGUGUGGUGUUGCAACCUCCGCAUCGUUAAGUAGACAGACGCUCCUGCAAUAACCUACAGAUACGUCAGAGUCAUUCUGCUACGUGGAACUACAGAUUGUUGCUGUUCGGAGCAGUAUACUUGAAGGAUGGCAUCUGUGUUGGCUGGCCAGAGAGGUACCAUCAAGGAUUUCCCAAGCUUCAAUGCAGAAGCAGAUGCCAAAGAAUUGAACAAUGCAAUAAAAGGCUUUGGAACAAAUGAGAAAGUUUUAAUUGAUAUUAUUACGAAAAGAAGCAAUUCUCAGCGCCAGUUAAUCUGCAGAGCAUAUGAAAAAGCAUAUAAACGGACUUUAAUUGAUGACUUGGAUGGAGACCUUUCUGGAGAAUUAAAGAAAAUUAUGAUUGGUUUGGUGAUGAGCCCAGCUGCCUUUGAUGCCAAACAGAUAAGAGAUGCUAUUAAAGGUGUUGGUACCAAAGAAAGCACUUUGAUUGAAAUUUUUGCCUCCAGAAACAAUAAACAGAUAAAAGAUCUGAUUCAAGCUUACCAGAAAGAAUACCAGGAAAGUCUUGCUGAUAAUCUGUCUUCUGACGUUUCUGGAGACUUCCUUCGUGCACUCCUUAUUUUGUUACAGGCCAAAAGAGAUGAAAGUGUAAACAUCAAUGAUCACCAAGCAAAAAGUGAUGCUCAGGCUCUCUAUAAUGCUGGAGAAAAGAGAUGGGGUACAGAUGAAGAUAAAUUUUUUACAAUUUUGUUGGAGAGGAACAUACCUAAUUUGAGGAAAACUUUUGAAGAGUACAAGAUUAUCAGCAAUAAGACAAUUGAAGAAAGUAUAAAAGGAGAAUUCUCUUCUGAUAUUGAGGACCUUCUUCUUGCAGUUGUGGCAUGCAUCAGAAACACUCCUGCAUUCUUUGCUGGACGAUUGCAUAAAAGCAUUAAAGGUGCCGGCACAAAUGAGAGCACUCUUACCAGGGUAAUGGUUUCCAGGUCUGAGAUUGAUUUGCUUGACAUUCGCACUGAAUACAAAAAACUAUAUGGCCACUCAUUGCAUUCUGCAAUCAAGUCUGAUACUUCAGGAGACUAUGAAGAGGCUUUACUGAAGAUUUGUGGAGGUGAAGAUUAAACGUUUUCGAACCAACAAUAAAUGAAGAAAAUUCAUUUCAGGACUGUGGAUUAUAUUCUUGUCUGUUAUCACUACUUGCUAAUAAGUACAUUUAGCAACUGCAUUAUCAUGAUACACAUUAAAUGUUUGCAGUGUAUGUAA